AGGGCGGGGGGAGCAGCACAGGAUCUGCACAUUAAAUACAUUUCUAGUUUCCUGCCACAAUGGAUGCAAAUUGGAGCAGUUUUAUAUUCCAGACCCCUCCUCCACCCCCUGCUGAACCACUGCAGGUUGAGCUCUUACCAGUCUUGGCCACAGUUACAGCGUCUCCAGAUGGAACCCUCCAGUCUCAGACCAUGGUGCCGACUUUGGCCACCCAUCACCCCUCAACUGUGGAUACAGCAGCUCUCAAGCAGGUGGUGCCGGGCCUUUCUGUUCCGCAACACAUUACUUCCAUUGCCUCUGUCAAUUCCCAUCAAUCCUCAGUCUCCACUGCCCUGCCAUUGCAACCACUUAUGGAAUUCCCUAAGAAAUCAAAGAGCCGGGGCCCUUAUAUCUGUUCUUUGUGCUCAAAAGAGUUUAAGAAUGGAUACAACCUGAGGCGGCAUGAAGCCAUUCACACUGGAAAUAAACCAGCCCGGGCAGCACCUUCUGUUGAUAGAAUAACCACCAUGGUGCCUCUCAGUUUGCUGGGUGUGACGAGUGCUCUGGGUACAGGAACAGAAGGUCUGGAAAUCUCUGCCUCCCCCUCCACCCUCUCUUUACCAGGCCCAUCCCCCUCAGCAAAGAAGGUGCGCAAAAACCAUGCGUGUGAAAUGUGCGGGAAGGCUUUCCGGGAUGUGUAUCACCUGAACCGCCACAAGCUGUCCCACUCCGACGAGAAGCCAUAUUCAUGCCAUGUGUGCCAGCAGAGGUUCAAGCGCAAGGACCGCAUGACCUACCACGUGCGCUCUCAUGAUGGGACUGUGCACAAACCCUACAUCUGCAGUCACUGCGGAAAAGGAUUCUCCCGACCUGAUCAUCUGAACAGCCACGUUAGGCAAGUCCACUCUACAGAGCGUCCAUUUAAAUGCCAGACCUGUGAAGCUGCCUUUGCUACUAAGGACCGCUUGAGGGCCCACAUGGUGAGACAUGAGGAGAAAGUCCCUUGUCACGUGUGUGGGAAGUUGCUGAGUGCCGCAUACAUUACUGACCACAUGAAGGUUCACAGCCAGGGCCCCAAUCAUGUAUGUGAGCUGUGUAAUAAAGGGACCUGCCAAGUGUGCCCUCUUGCGGAUCCAUCUGCUUCAGUGGCUUCUGUAACUUCUGUUCUGCCGAGUGCUGGUGUCGCGGGCAUGGUGCACACUCAGCCAUGGUGACUGGCAUUCCUAGAGGGGGAGCAGUUACUGUGACCUCUCUAUGAUGGACAGAGAAAGGAGGACCCGUGCUCCCCUGAGCAGACAUUUGUCUCUGGAAGAGUAUUGGGGCGUGCGUGUGACCCAUUUCUAACCUCCUAAAAGGCAUUAUAUUAAGAGGGGGUUGGUCUCAAGGACACUUGUGAAAUAAUGCUCAUAACUGGCACUUUGUGGUGCUAUUUUGAAGAGCAUCUCCUUGCCCCAACAUAACACAUCUGUGAGAAAACCCCUAGAUCCCUGGGGGAUGUUUAAUGUACACUACGUGGUCCUAUACUGUGACUAGAUAUUUAAUUCGCCCUUAAACACUUUCCAGUCUAAGUGUUGGUAGGACUGAUGGCACAGAAUGGGGUUCACUGACUGGUGUCUUGAAGUUGGCUUAAAUGCUGAAUCAGUGAAAUUAUAUAUUUUUUUGGAUUGGCAAGACAGAGAGCGAGCAGCACUAAGCCUUGAUUAAAACAGAGUUAAUGUGAUGCAGGAAUAUAUAGGGGUUAGAAGUCCUAUACAUGGACUAAGAAGCCAUGUGUAGGGUUAGGAGGAGCUGCUGUGUAGAGCAGCCGUGGCACUGACCACAAAAUCUCUGAAGAUCGGCCAUGGGAAAAUUUUAAUAUAUUAGAGUAGUAUUUUGGGGGAUUUUAUACUGACACUGUACAAGACUGGCACAGAAGGACUUUAGUUGCAUUCUACUGGCCUGCCAUGGGGAAAAAAGUAACUAGAGUGGUGCCUUGGGAUGAUUCCAGGUAAUAGAUGAGAGAAGAGGGGUACAUGGUAAUUUGACACUCCUCUCUAGGUUUAGCAUUGGAGGUGGUUAAUAAAGCAGGGGGUUCAUGGGCUGGCAUGAGGGGACUAACCCAACUGGGAGGCACAUGAAAUGCUCCGAUAGAGCCUUAGCUAUUGCUUUAUUCAUUGAAGAGAGUGGAUCAGUGUUAGAGGUAGAAUGGAGGGGUAGUACUGAAACAGUAUUGGGGGUAGAAUAGUACUGAAACAGUAUUUAGGGCAUAGUCUAGAAUGGAGGUUAUGGACUGGAACAGUAUUAGGGGUACAAGAUAAGAAGAGCAAUAUGUGGAGGGGUCAGUGUUAUGGGUACAUUGACGUAUUAUAGUAUAGAGCUGGGGCUUCAGGGCAGAGGGCUGUGCCACUAUUAAUAUGCACACAGAUUGGUGGCAUUAGUAGUGCAGUGUGUGAGUCCUUGUGAUUAUGGACUCCAGUCGAGCUGUCCUGGCCCAGCACUAGAAGUGUAAAAUGGGAUUAAUGAUCAUGAUUUUUGAUUUAGAAGUGUCUGCAUUUGUACCGUUUUUAUCCCCCCAGGUCAGUGGUGCCACGUUCCAUUUAGCUCUGUGCUCUUUAGUAGUCCUGUUCAAUUAAAGUCCAAGACCAGAUCGGGUUCAGUUUUGCAGGGCUAAAAAAAUUGUGAAAAUGAGUGGAGUGGGCAAGUCCACCA